GUAUAUGGUUAGUGAGUUCUUACGGUCGGGCAUCAGAUCUGUGGCCGAGAAGCUGCCUCUGAUCCACCGGCUGGCAUUUCCUCGUCUCGAUUCGCGAAGUCCGAACUUCGACCGUCGUAUUAGCAAUCUUCGACCUGCUAGCGGCAGGGUGUGCUCACCUAUAUCCCCAGGGUGUUCAUGUCUGUUCAGCCGGAACCUGCACACUUCUCAAUCUGCAGAACAGCCCAGACAGCUGAGCGGCAGGGACCAUUUCCAACCCCAGACAAACGACUUUGACUGGGGGCUGUCGCUGACUUAGGAUCGUGGUCCGGUUACACAGUAGCGCCUCGAGAAGGGGUGUGCCGAGACAAAGAUGCUCUCUGAAAGAUUGCUCCAGACCCUGGCAUUGGUGAAGCUGCAGUCAGCCAUCACCGAUGCAGGGCUCCUCAAUGUCGUUCUUGGGCUGCUGGCCGUCGCGGUCACCGCCCUUGCGGUCGACUACGGCCGCAUGCUCUAUCUGCGGUCAAGGAUGCCGCCAGGGCCCUUCCCGCUACCCAUCAUUGGCAACACCUUCUCGUUGCCCGACAACAAACCUUGGAUCUACUUUGAGCAGCUGUCCAAGAAAUACAACACGCCGCUAAUCACCUUUUGGAUCGGCCGCAACCCCACCGUCUGGAUCAACGAUGCGUGGUGCGCCCACGAGCUCUUCGAGAAGAAGGCGCAGAUCUACACGUCGCGCCCGCGCAUGGUGGUCUUUGGCGAGCUCGGCACUGGGCAGGACAACCUGGUGACCAUGCGCAUCCGCAACCAGCAGGAGCGCGACCACUGGCGCGUCCAUCGCAAGCUGAUGCACCUCGGCGUCGGCGUGCAGUCGGUGCGCGGGUACCGCGAGAUCCAGAACAACGAGAGCAAGCUCGUGGCCUAUGACUUCCUGCGCGAGCCCAAAGAGUACGUCAAACACCUGGAGCGCUACGCCACCAGCGUCGUGUCCAUCAUCGCGUUCGGCCGCCGCGUGGCGAGCUACAACGACCCCAUCAUCACCGAGGUCAUCGCGCUCAUGCAGCUCGCCGCCGACCUGAACGUGCCGGGCAAGUCGUUCCCGAUGCUGCUGGAGACGUUCCCAUUCCUUGCCAAGUUCCCCCGGUUCAUGCCCUGGUUCAAAGGCCUCGGCAGCCGCGGCCAGAAGGGCGGCCACUACUUCUUCCACACGCUCGCGCAGGAGGCCGUCGAGCAGUACGCGCAGAAGUCGCCGUCGGAGCAGGCGUCGAUGCCGACCCCUUACGUCAAGACGCUCUUCGAGGAGGCCCCGAAGUACAACCUGUCGACGGCGGAGCUCUCGGGCCUGACGGGCAACCUCUUCGGCGCCGGGUCGGACACGUCCUCCAGCACGCUCAUCACCUUCGUGCUCGCCUGCUGCGCGUUCCCGGACGCCAUGAAGAAGGCGCAGGCCGAGAUCGACCGCGUCAUCGGGCCCAACCGGUCGCCGCACUGGGACGACUCGCCCAACCUGCCCUACAUCAACGCGUUCGUCAAGGAGGUGCUGCGGUGGCGCAGCGUGGCCAUCAUCGGCGGCCAGCCGCACUCGCCGACGCAGGACGACACGUACAACGGCUGGCUGAUCCCCGCCGGCGCGUGGGUGCAGGGCAACGUGUGGGCCAUCCACCACCACGAGCGCGAGUUCCCGGACCCGGACCGCUUCUACCCGGACCGCUACUUCCCGGACAACGACCACCACCGGCCCUUCCCCGGCGAGCGCGGCUACAUGACCUUCGGCUGGGGCCGGCGCGUGUGCAGCGGCCAGGCGCUGGCCGAGCAGGGCACCUGGAUCACGGUCGCGCGGCUGCUGUGGGCGUUCGACAUCCGCAAGGCGCGCGACCCGCGGACGGGCCGCGAGAUCGACGUCGACAUCUUCGCCUUCACCAACGGGCUCAACAUGCGGCCGCAGCCCUUCCCGUGCGAGAUCGUGCCGCGCUCCGAGGCCAUCCGCGACGCCAUCGUGCGCGAGGGCGAGCAGGCCCUGGCCGACCUCCGCGUGCACGACGGCGAGAGCAAGUACCGCAUGAGCACCUUCUACCAGCAGCAGAAGCGCAAGAUCAAGGAGGAGCCCGUCCUCGACGAGCACGGGAACAUCAAGUUUGUCAAGGUCAAGGCGGGCUGAUGAAGGAGUUGGGGAAAGACUGAGACUCGUGCGGUACUCGGAGAGUAUUUUGCCGCAGUCGCAGUGAUUGUGCUACGUAGUAGAGUGUGAUCUCGGCGAACAUGUAGAUAGGCGUGGAUAUGACUUGAAUGACAUGAAGCAUAGUUGUUACCGAGACAAGACAUGAGCCCUGGCAUAUCUGUUGCCCCCCGUGUAGAAUCCACAAGACGGAAUACUGGUAGCCUGCA